UCUAAAGACCAAGUCCAGAGCUGUCCAACUAACCUGCUCUCGCAUCGUCGACCCUCCAUCUCCACUCUCCCCUCAUCAUCCCACAUCACGAACCACGCGGGGCAAUUAGCAAAACGUCCAUUCGACAAACGCACACAACAAAGCCAUGCCCUCCGUCCGCCCGCAAACCGCCGUGCGGGCCAGCCGCGCCAUCACACAUAGCACCACAGCCACAGGGACGAUGACGCGCUGCUUCUCUGCGACGACAGCGCGGCCCUCGAGCCACGGCCCGCAGUACGAUCCGCCGAGUGGCUGGCUGUUUGGCGUCAAGCCCGGCGAGAAGUACCAGAAGGAAGGGUGGGAGACCCCUCUCUACUGGGGGUUCUUCGGUAGUUUUAUCGUGGCGGCUGUUGCAUACGGGUUUAAGCCUGAUACAUCGAUACAAACCUGGGCUCUCGAAGAGGCGCGAAGGAGAUUAGAAGCCGAGGGUAUCUUGGAGGAUCCGGAGAAGAAGGCAUGAAGGAGUCGCACAUAUCACGAUGUUGAAGAAUGAGCAUUGGUGGCGGUUAAGUGGAUGGAUGGAUGGAUGGAUGAUGAGUUGAAAGAUGGGAAACCCUCUUGGAACUGCACAUCUAUCUCUGUACAUGACCUCGUUUUCGUUUUACUCUUUAGUUUUCUCGACCUCCGCUGUCGAGGAACGGACGUACGGUGUAAGAAGCAUCAUAGACGCACCGCUCCAAUAACCAGGUUUAUGGGGCAAAUCUGAUUUCCUUGCA